AUGACGAUACAGUCUUCUCACUUUCACAAAUUAGUGCGCUAUGCAAUCUCCAACAAUUUGUUGCCAUGGUCCUUUUGUACUGUUUUUGGGUCAAAACAAAAGGAAUUGGAUUUUUACUCCUAUGGCGUUGUUAAACAUCUUCUCUCAGAGAAAAUCGUUCAUUCCUUCUCUGUAUGUGACCCAAAGUUUUUUACUUCCUUCAGAGAUGGAUGUAUGGCUGCCCGGGAGCAACUCUUCGACGAACUGUUGUCAAGUUAUAUUCCCGUCACUCAAUCGAAGGGGAAACGUGUCUGUAUGGUCAUCGCAGAGUGUUCUUUAGUUUCUCCAACUUUGAAUUUCCAUGAUGGGCAAGUCGUUCUUGGAAUUCAGUCGUUCUUAAUUAACAACUUGUUUGUCGCAGGCUGCCAGAAUUUCUUUCAUUACGAUUUCUCAAUCGCUGGGCCUGAUCGUAACACUUUACGUGUGACCGAUUACUCACGCACUGAUGUCAACUUAUCUGGUUUAUUCAACUAG